GUGUGAUGAGCGAGAAGGUAGACUGACUUAAGUCUGCCUUAACAGAAAGCUGUUGUUUAAUAAUUGUUGUAUUUGUUGCAUUGUGAGAGAUGUGAGUCAACCUCAUGUGUGCACCCCCUCCUCAUUACUUUACCACACACUGUUUUGAAGACGCGAAACCGCACCUCCCGCCCUCUUUCUUCCCCUCGGACACCGGUGUCCACGUGGGGGAGCUGCAUUCAUUGAAGGAGGGAGGAGUUAAGAUGGACAGAGGGUGGGAGAAGAGAGAUGAGAGUUCAAGGGUUUCCCCCCCUCUCUCACACAGUCACAGAGUCACACAUUCACACACUCGUCCUCAUCCUCAUUUAGCUGCUCCCCUCCUCUCCUCUCCCCUUUGCUGAAACGACUGCCCGAGGAUUAAAGAGGCAGGGCGGCCGGACUAGAGGACCACAGGAUUGGGAUUGGGAUUGGAAAGAUCAGACAGGACUGGAUUAUUACUGUGCUGUUGGGAGACGCCGCACUGGACUAUUUUGUACCAGACUGGUGACUUAGUGAGAGUUGUGGACUCUCUGUGGAGCUGCAGUGAGAAUCAAACCUUGACGACUUAAAAACCACAAAGAACUGAGUGUUUUUGGGCUGCGCAGGGACCCGCUGAGACCGGUGGUGAAGCCACCCGGCACACAGACGCUUUCUCUGGUAUGAGCCUCAGGAUUGUGACACAAAUGUUGCCUGAUGACCUCAGUCCAGAGGAGAGACAGGAGCUUGAGAGCAUCCGCCGCAGAAAACAGGAGCUCCUGCAGGACAUACAACUCUGCUAAGCCAGUCAAAGUCUUUGAUCCUGCAUACUCCCGUCUCCCCACCAGUGUGACACUCAAACAGGCCGAGGUGGGUGUCAGGGCUGGGUGGGGGGUGGGAGCAGGCUGAUAAAUCUAGGUCAGCACAGGGGAGAGGAGAGGAGGAGCGGGGGAGAGAGAGGGUGGUCGGCUCUGACCCCAGAACAGGUGCUACAGCUCCCAGAGAGGAUUUUCUACAGAGGGCGGCUGCUCCACAUAACUCCCGCCGAGAGGGAGAAUGAGUUGGACUGAGAGAGAGUGAAUCAUGUCUGCACUUUUUCGGGGGUUUUAUCACUGGGUCGACUCUCCAAUAAGAAGUGUCUGGAUGUGUUGGUCAGUGAGAUGCAGCUGGAACAGAUGACCAUGUGUAAUGCAUUGCGCUGAUGCUGACAUCAAAGCCUCUCUGGAGGUUUAUAGACUGAAGGAUGAGAUAGCAGAGGUGACCAAUGAGAUUGAAAACCUGGGCCUGACUGAAGAGAGGAAAAGCAUGCAGAGGAAUAAACAGAUGGCCAUGGGCCGAAAAAAGUUUAACAUGGAUCCCAAGAAGGGGAUCCGUUUUUUGAUUGACAGCUCCCUGCUGAAAAACACCAGCGACGACAUCGCCCAGUUUCUCUACAAGGGGGAGGGGCUUAAUAAGACAGCCAUUGGGGACUACCUGGGGGAGAGAGAUGAAUUCAACAUUGAGGUUCUGCACGCCUUCCUCGAGUUACACGAGUUCACGGACCUGAACCUGGUUCAGGCUCUCAGGCAGUUCCUGUGGAGCUUCAGGCUGCCCGGCGAGGCUCAGAAGAUCGACCGCAUGAUGGAGGCUUUCGCUCAGAGAUACUGUCACUGUAACCCCGGAGUGUUUCAGAGCACAGAUACCUGUUACGUGUUGUCGUUUGCCGUGAUCAUGUUGAACACCAGUCUACACAACCCCAACGUGAAGGACAAACCUUCGGUUCAGCGAUUCACAGCAAUGAACAGAGGCAUCAAUGACGGAGGAGACCUGCCGGAGGAGCUACUCAGGAACCUGUACGACAGCAUCAAGAAUGAACCCUUUAAGAUCCCAGAGGAUGAUGGGAACGACCUCACGCACACUUUCUUCAACCCCGACAGAGAAGGAUGGCUUCUGAAACUCGGAGGUGGACGAGUUAAGACCUGGAAGAGACGCUGGUUCAUUCUCACAGAUAACUGCCUCUACUACUUUGAAUACACAACUGACAAGGAACCCAGAGGGAUUAUUCCACUGGAAAAUCUGAGCAUCAGAGAAGUUGAUGACUCCAAGAAACCAAACUGCUUCGAGCUCUUCAUCCCCAACCACAAGGAUCAGGUGAUCAAGGCCUGUAAGACAGAGGCAGACGGCCGCGUCGUCGAGGGAAACCACACUUUUUACAGAAUCUCCGCCCCGACCACAGAGGAGAAGGACGAGUGGAUCAACAGCAUCAAAGCUGCCAUCAGCAAAGACCCGUUCUACGAGAUGCUGGCCGCUCGCAAGAAGAAGGUGUCAUCUCUGAAGGGGCUGUAGAGCUGCUGAGGAUUAAACAUUGAAAACAACAAGCACAGGUUUGACUUAAAAAUGCAGCAGACUGGACGUGGACCUGAUAUUCCUGCUGCUGCGGUGACAUUUGGACCUGGUGCAGAGGAUUCAGCUUUUAAAGAGGCUCCUCCUUUGGCACCGACACCCCUCUCUUUACAGGUUUGACCUUCUGUUGAAUGUUUCAUUUCCCAUUUUCAAAUGAAAUGAUUCAGUCAUAAAAGUUUUUGUUGAAAUCCUCCUUUUGUAAAUCAUACUUGAUGCAGUACUGUAACCGUGCUGUGCCCCCUGGUUAAGACUCCCACUCCUCUUCAGAUCUGCUGAAACCACUGUUGAAAUGUGUCUGAUUCUCCUCAGACCCACUUCAUACAGACUGAACAUUUUAUUGGAGGGAAAACAUGAAGGAGAGUGGGAAAUGAUUUCAGUCAUUGAAAAUGUAAUCAGUGAAACCUAAAUAAUGGCAGUGAGGAAAAAAAACAAACGAUGUUGUAAAACACCAAACAUUACAGUGGAAAGAGUUCUGAGAAAAUGCUGGACAGUUACAGUAUGAAUCGUAUACUGUACAUUAGUGUGAUUCAGAGACAUUUCCAAAAUUUUGUUAGUUUACAACCACUCUCUACUUUGAUCAGUUGAGGUCUGUUUUCCAGACAUGGAUUAAAUCUGGUCCUAGACUGAAGAUAUUAAUGUCAGAUAUUUGGUCCUUGUCUGGGUCUCUGGCCUCUGGACUUCUUUGUUUAGUUUGUCGCCACUUUUUUUCUAAGCCUGUUUUUCUUACUGCUGUUGUUCUUUUGUCAAACCACUGUUAAUGGAAAUGAAGGCAAUGCAUAAAUUAGCUAAAUAUUUAUUUAUCCAGAUUCCUUGUAAUUUAUUGUUUUCAGUUUUUGUCUCAUUAAAACUUUGCAAACCAGUA